AUGUCUUCAGAAUUGGUCCCUUUCCCUCCUUCGGGAGAAUACUUGAAGGCCGUACGGGAGUCCUCUCGGGCUGCAAGACUCAAGGCUAACAUCACGAUCAGCGACGAGUCGAUCAAGCGGUUCCUGCUUUCACCUGCUUUCACGAGCACCUACACUCGUCUACGGGCAGCCCAUGGGAUGACGUUGCCUCUCAACUUCAGCUCCAUCAAGGAGGAAUUGAACAUCCUGUCCGUGCUAUCACUCCUAAAUUUCGGCUCGGGCUACCGCGUACCGCUCCAUAUCGCGACGGGCCGAGGCGCGUUUGACAACAUCCGGGCCUUCGUCUUCGGAGCCUACAUCUCCGCUGCUAGCGCUGGGGACCACUUCUCUGCACACGGCAUGAAGGAGAUCACUCCCGCCACAGUUGCGAAUCUUAUGCGCGUGAUGGACGCCAUCCAUGUUGAACGGCCACACGAAGAGAUUCCCGGAGUGACGGUAGGCGAGUUGAGUGGCCCCAUUUGGGAGAUCGUCCAGAUCAUCGCGAAAACGCUGAACGAGACUGGUGAGGCCUUGGUGAAUGGAGGGUACCCUGAUCUCGGUAGCUUGGUCUUUGAAGCUCUGGGAGAAGGAGAGAAGGCUAGGAAAGCAGGCCGCGACGAAUGCGAAGUCAUCGUAGAAAGACUCGUCCGCGGCAUUCCUGCUUUCCGCGAUAUGGCGUUGGUUCAGGGCCAACCCGUCUACUGCUUCAAGAAGGCGAUGCUCACCGUCCACGCCAUCGCCCUCCGUUACAAGGCUUCCGACACGCCCCCGGUUCCGGUGCCCCGCACAGACCACCUCCCCAUCUUCUCCGACAACGUGAUCCCCUCUCUCCUCGUCCACCUCGGCGUCAUCGACCUCUCCACGGCGGACGCCUCCCUCGGGCUCCAGCAGCUCUUCCCCGAGGCACAGAAUCCCCAGCUCCUCGAAGCGCUCCUCUCGGCCGCGCAGCCUGUCGAGCCCGUCGUGGCGAAGAUCAAAUCUCCCCCGAAGGAAGGCCCGCUUUUGACGGUCGAGCAGGCGUUCGUAUUGCGCGCCGCGGCGAUCGAUGCGUGCGAGCUGAUCGUGCAGUACGCAAAGACGCUUGAUAUCAGCGGAGCGGCUGAGGACUGGUCCUGGAUGAAGGACAUAACCCUGCCGGAGCUGGAUGCAUGGAUCUGGGCGGUGGCGAAGGACCGCCCGGAUUAUAGGAAGCUCGAGCGAUUUGCGUUGAGGAACACGGCAUACUUUUAG